AGCAGCGGCGGCUGAACCCGCCGUCUGUCCGCUUCUCUCCGACACUCCUGCAGGUGUUCAACCACAGGGAAACUUUUCAGGCGGAGGAGAAGGAAAGGAGCCCAGGGAAUAUUUUUAAGCGUUUGUUUCUCUUCAAAGUCACCUAAUUGGGCUUUAAAACAGACUGUAGGUUCAAGCGCAGUUGUCCGAAAGCGGAGAUGUCAUCUAAAGAACCGAGCUCCAGCAGCAUUGCUCAGGCCAGGCGGACGGUGCAGCAGCUGAGGAGGGAGGCUCGCAUCGAGAGGAUAAAAGUGUCCAAGGCUUCAUCGGACCUGAUGCGCUACUGUGGAGAGCACGCCAAGAACGACCCUCUGCUAAUGGGCAUCCCGACUUCAGAGAACCCCUUCAAGGACAAGAAGUCCUGCACCGUUUUGUAGCUGAAUACACCCCCCCUUGCUUUUUAAAACUCUUAUGUAACUGUCUGAUAAUAGUUUUAAAACCAACUUGCCUAAACUCCUCCGUGGGGUCUACAUGUUUUUUUUGUUUUUUGUUUUUUUACAUACACCUUCUAAAUAAAGAUAAAACCAAAGAACGGGCAGAUGUCUGACAGUUCAUCAAAGCAUCAGGUCCAAACAGUUUGCAUGAGGGCCUAAAGCGUUGCAGCUCUUAAGGAAUAAUUAUCAAAUGAUGCCUAAACAAGGCCCCUUACUCACUGCGCCUAUCAGAUCGUCAAGCCUCUUACUUUUAUCAUGUUUGCUUGAGGAUAGAGUGAGUUUGUGUUCUACUGAUAAGGAACAUACAGAAUAAUGACAUCCUGUCAGUGGAUGAAGCGUCUGCUGGGCUUUACAAAGCGACAAAUGGAGAGAGAAGCUCUGCUGCCAGUGAGGGUCAGCUGAUGCCUUAGGCAGCCAUGGAUUAACAUUCACCAGUAGUGAUAAUCUGGAAAUGAUCACCUGGAAGUUUGUUCCAUGUAGCAUGUGGAUCCUUUCAUUGUGGAUUUCCAAAAAGCUGCCAACACUUCCCAGUCUAGAGAGAGUUUGCACGCUAAGAGGGAUAAAACAGCAGCUUCGCUUACAGGAUGACCUGUUAACCGUAUGUGGACUCUCUGUCGGUUUUACGGUCAAUUCCAUCUUUAUGCAGAUGUUUUAUUCUUGUUCUUUUCAACUUUUUCUGUUGGUUUGAACUUUUAUCUGUCAAAGUUAGGAAAGACUUCACAAUAAAGAAAAACAUUCACCAAAAUGGUUGAAAUAAACCUGAAGGAGCUUCCUCACCUGUACAGUAGAAACAGACCAACACUUCGGCCCAUCGAUAAUUUCGGAUGAUAUUAGCAUGUUUAUUUUCUUUUUGUUGUUGUUUUUUUUUGUUUAAUUUGAGACUUGUGUAACAUUUAUCAUUGUGACAUUUUUAUCAUGUAUUGGAGGAAAAAAGAAACGGCUCGAAGAAUCAACCUAAAAAAUGACCAGCAGUACAAAAUCUGGAUGAAUUAGAUUGAUGUCAAAAUAAUUGGCAUUUCCCUU